AGAAGAAGGACACAUAAAAGCAGCAGUAGAAGAAGAAGUGCUGUUUGCUAGCAGUUUGUUAGCCUAGCCUUCCGGUCAUAACAGACAGUGAUGAGGACUAAACGUGUGUCUGAGCGGCUUUUAUGCAUGAACUGUGGGUGUAAUGUGUGAAAAUGUCCGCAGUUCAACCGCUGAGGACGUCUGUGAAGCGGCGACAACCUCCGGAGGAGAUUUUAAAGCUGACGGAGGAACUUUAUCAUUCACCGGAGGAAAAUGAAGCCGAAGCAGCUGCAGUUUUCCAGCCGAAGGUGGAGUUCAGCAGAACAGAUGAUCGUCUUCUGUCUGUGAUUAAAGAAGAGGCUUCCCAGGACCAGAAGGACCAGGUCGACCCAGAUCCGGUUCACGUUAAAGAAGAACAUGAGGAAACGUGGAUUAAUGAGGAAGUGGAUCAGCAUCAAGGUUUGGAGGAGGAGGAUUUCCCCACGUCUCCAUCCAGUCGAGUCCCUGUGAAGAGUGAAGAAGACGAGGAGGACCUUCAGUUUUUACGGCUUCAUCAGAGACGACGUGAGGAACCAGACAGACAGGACGGCCGAUCAGAACCAGAACGAUACAUAGGAAUGCGAACCCACGGUAAGGCCGAGUCUUCAGACACUGAGGACAGCGAAGACUGGAUGCAAAGCAGCGAACCACAGUCCCAUUCCAACAAAAACACAAAUGACCCCCCUGUAAAAGAGGGAGGAUGUAAAACAAAAACACACCAGUGCUUCGAAUGUGGGAAAGUGUUUGGCCAGACGUCAAAUCUGAAAAGACACAUGAGAGUCCACACCGGAGAGAAACCCUUCAGCUGUUCAGUUUGUAAGAAACGUUUUUCACAUAAACACAAUGUUAAGGAACACAUGCUAACACACACAAAAGAAAAACACUACACAUGCACAGUAUGUGGUACACGAUGUGUUCGGAAGGCGGUUUUACUUCGACACAUGAAAGUCCACAUGGGAGACAGAGCGUUGGAUUGUUCAGAUUAUAAGAAAAGCUUUGCACAUAAAAAUAAUGCUCAGGAACAUAUGUUAACUCACACAGGAGAGAAACCAUUCGGUUGCACUAUGUGCGAUGAAGUAAACAUGAAAACAUUUGGUCGUAGAUCUAAUUUGAAUCGACACAUCGAAGUUCACAUUGAAGAGAAACCUGUGAAUUGUUCAGUUUGCACACAUGAAGUUAAUAUUGAGGAGCACAUGUUAACGUAUACUGAGGAGAAACCAUUCGGUUGCACAAUAUGUGACGAAAGAUUUUCUCAGAAGCCAAAGUUACUGAAGCACAUGGCCAUUCACACGGGAGGAAAACCGUUCAGUUGUCCAGUUUGUCAGAAAGGCUUUGCACACAAGAACAACAUCAGCAGACAUAUGUUGACUCACACCGGAGAGAAACCACACAGUUGCUCAGUAUGCGGCAUGAGAUUUGCCCAGAAGUCGAUUUUACUGGGUCACGUGAGAGUCCACACCGGAGAGAAACCAUUCAGCUGCUCCAUUUGUAAGAAAAGCUUUAAGAAUAAAUAUUACAUCAGGACUCACAUGUUGACUCACACGGGAGAGAAACCAUUCAGUUGCACAAUAUGCCACGAGAGAUUUUCCCAGAAGCAGAACUUACUCAAUCACGUGAUGCGUCACAAGGGAGAGAAACCCUUCAGUUGUCCGGUUUGUAAGAGGAGUUUCACGCAGAAGGUUCACGCCGACACUCACAUGUUAACUCACACCGGAGAGAAACCAUUCAGCUGUCCGAUCUGCAGGAGACCAUUCGCACAGAAAGCUCAUGUUCGCUCGCAUAUGAGGAUCCACACGAAACCCAGAAGACCGAGCGCGUGUGUGGACAACGCUCACAGUAAAGACGACGGCAGCGGGAGUUUAGAUCCAGACGAACAUGGACAAACAGACGCCGAAGAGGACCAACGUCAGUCGAAUCUAAACUCUGACAGACAAUGACAUUGGUGACGCUAACGUUAAAGAAAACAUAAAGAGGAACGAUUGUUGAGUUUGUGUAAGUGUGUUGGUGUGGAUGGAAACGGGCCGUGGGAUACAAACGAUGACGUCACAGUGGAAUGUUCGUUGGUUCGCGGUCAUGGCCUUGUUUCCUCUCCUCUCAUUGGUCAGAGUUUGUUUGGUUUUCAGGAUGUUCCAGUUGUUGAAAGUUGCAGCUCGUCUCAUUGUGAAUCUUUGGUCCAAACUGGGUUUGAAAGUGAAGUGAGAAGAAAGACUCAAAGGCACAGCUUCACUUUAGUCGGUGGUUUGAAAUAUUUAAUGAACAGUGAAGUGAGACAUUGUUUCCUCAACGUUUCUACACAUUAAUCAUCAUGUAACGUCUGUUAAUGAUGUUAAUUAAAAUUCCUUCACCUGAUAAAAGGUUAAACGUUGAAUAUUUUACUGCAUUGUUCAGGAUUCUUGAAUGAAAAACCUGGUUCAGUCGUGGAAUUAAUGCAAAUCAGUAGGAAAAAAAACACUGUAUCCUGUGACGUAAAUGUGAGGAGACAUGAACAAAACAGACCAAAACAAUGUCAAAGAUGUCAGGAAAUGAAAAUUACGCAAAAUACAACAACCCAGAUUUAAAAAAAACAAAAAACACAAAAAUAGCACAAAAAACCUUAACAGAAAGAAAAAAGAAAAUGACAAAAAAUGACUCAUGAUGAAAAUGACACAAAAAAUGCAACCAGAUUUUAAAAAAAUACCACAAACGCAAAAGACACAAAAAUUAUGCAAAACGCGUCAAGAUGACACAAAAUGAAAAUGCCGUAAAAAUCCUCCACAUAAAACAUUAAGAGGAGGAUUAUGAAACAAAACAGCUGAUGUAAAAGACAAACAGUAAACUCUUCCUACGGAAAAUACAAAAAUCCCAACCAACAAAAACCUCCUGUUAAAAGCAGUUAUCGUCUUAUUUUUCCGUUUUUCUUCACAUUAAUUAUUAAUUCGUUAAAUCUUGACAGUAAAUAAUGACAGUGACAGAGUUUAAUACUGAAAGUUUGCUUUUAAUGACAUCUUUUCCACUGUAAAAAAAAACAAACAAAACAAAGACAAACACUGUUGUUUUCUUCUAUUGUGUUUCUAUUAUUUGCAUAAACACGACCUGUUUAAAUAAACUUCAUCAGGGUCAUUAACGCUACGGUUGAAUCCAAUAAAUAUAAAAAACACUUAGCAUCGCUACAGCUUCAAAAACACAAAGGUCCUGAUUCAUGGAAGUAAGUGCAAUAUUACCGGACAGAGGUUCAGAUACGAUUAAUAUUAUUAUUAUUAUUAUUAUAAACAUUGGCAUCCGACGUCAUCAUCAUGUAAUACUUUGACAAAAAAAUGAUCCUUCAGUAAAAAGAAAACGUCCUUCAAGUCGAAAACGUAAGAUAAAAUAUCCAAAAUACUUCAUUAAAUAUAUAAAAUGGAUCUAAAACGACCUCCUCCACAAAAUAGAAAAAAAAAAAAAACCUCUUAAAGGUUCAGUUUGUAACAUUCAGCGGCAGCCAUGUUGUUAUUCCCAACACCUUUAACCUUUAUUCCAUGAACCUGAUCCUGUUUUAAGGAAAGUGAAGAUAGUUUUCCAAACGUCACAUCCAGGAUUGUAAUCAAAGUGCUAAUGCUAAUUGCUAAUGCUAAUCGCUAAUGCUAAUGUAUAUAGACUUUAUUUCAGACUCUUGUUUACUUUGUAAACAUCAUAGCUUGUAUUUAUAAUUUGCUGGCAAAUAAUUUCUUGUAUGUGUUUACGUACUUGGCAA